ACAUAAUAUUUAAAAACAAUGGAUGAAGCUGACGAUGUGCCGAGGCUGUCUGCAGAAACAUUUGCAGCUCUUCAAGAGUUCUAUGCAGAACAGACAAAAAGAGAGGAAAUCUUGAGUAAAUUGGAAGCUGACAAUAAGCUGGGUGAGAAAAUAAUAUUUGAAGAAAAUUGGCAAUUGAGUCAGUUUUGGUAUGAUGAAGAGACAGUGCAAGCACUUGUGAGGGUGAUUGACAGAGUACUGACUGAUGGUGGCAAAGUGGCGCUCAUAUCCUGCCCGACUCUGUUUGUGCCACUUAAGCGACAGAUUGGACACAGAGCAUCAGUUACACUUUUAGAAUAUGACAGACGAUUUGAAGUGCAUGCACCCGACUUUAUAUUCUAUGACUAUAACCAUCCAGACAAGUUGCCACCAGAGAUGGAGGGUAGUUACGAUAUAGUUGUUGCUGAUCCACCGUUCCUCUCAGAAGAAUGUGUUACGAAAACAUCACAGACAAUCAAAUUACUGGCUAAGGGUAAAAUAGUUUUUUGUACGGGAGCAGUUAUGAAGGAUUUAGUGGAAAAUCUUUUAGAUUUAAAGUGUUGCCAGUUCCAGCCACAUCAUAGGAACAAUCUUGCAAAUGAAUUUUCAUGUUAUGCUAAUUUUGAUUUAGAUGAUUUUGUUUAAGGAUGUGGAUUUUGUAAAGAAAAGCUGAAUUAAAACCGCACUCGGAGAUAUUUCAUGAUUACAUAAACUAUUCCUUAGCAUGGACAUAUAGUGAUCACAUAAUGAUGUGGUAAA